UAGUAAGCGACGCCAUCUUGCUCCCUCCGUGUUUCCCUCUCAGCCCGAGGUCCGUGUGGAUGUAGCUGCUGUCAGCUGCUGUCUUGUCAGGUACAGGAGCCAUGGGGAGGAAGAAGAAAAAGCAGAUGAAGCCCUGGUGCUGGUACUGCAACCGAGAUUUUGACGAUGAGAAGAUCCUCAUCCAGCAUCAGAAGGCUAAACACUUCAAGUGUCACAUCUGUCACAAGAAGCUGUACACGGGCCCUGGACUGGCAAUCCACUGCAUGCAGGUGCACAAAGAGACCAUUGAGGGGGUUCCCAAUGCAAUCCCUGGCAGGACUGAUAUUGAACUGGAAAUCUACGGCAUGGAGGGAAUUCCAGAGAAAGACAUGGAGGAGAGAAGGAGAGUGCUGGAGCAAAAGAACCAAGAGACUCAGAAGAAAAAGCAGAACCAGGAUGACUCUGAUACGUUUGAUGAGGAUGACGAGCCUGGUCCCUCCUUCCAGCCGCCUGCUGCAGGUCAGACCCAGGCAGGCUACAUGCCCCCUAUCACCCAACACGGCAUGCCUCCUGGCGCUGGUUUGACUGGGCUACAGCCUGUCAGCUACUCAGGAAUGCCCCCUAUGAUUCCUGGUGGGCCACCAAUGAUGCCAGGAAUGCCACCUAUAAUGCCAGGAAUGCCUCCAGGGAUGAUACCAAUGGGUGGGAUGAUGCCUCCAGGUCACGGGAUGCCUCCAAUGAUUCCAGGCAUGCCUCAAGGUAUGCCUCCUCCUGUGGUCCACCGUCCAGGAAUCACACACAUGGCUCAGGUCCCCCCUGCUGCAAACAUGCUGGUCAGACCUUCUGUUCCUGCUGCCUCUGCCCCCUCAGCUCAGCCUGAUGGCACCAAGCCUCUGUUCCCCAGUGCUGGACAGAUGGGCAGUCGGGUUGCAAGUACAAGUACAGGGUCUCCAAGUGCAGACUCAGAGUCCGCCUCCCCAAAAGCUCUGUUCACUAUCACAGCACAAAGUCAGCAGACAGUGUCAGGGUCCCCCCAUCCUCCCCCGUCUACUUCCUCUGACCUCUCAAAGCCCACAUUCCCCGCCUACACUCAGGCCACUGCAGCUGUGUCCAGCCCCAGUGGUGGCAGCAGCACAGUCUCCAAACCUCCCUCUACCUUGACCAGUAAGCCUGCCACCCUCACCACCUCCAGUGCUACCAGUAAGUUGAUCCACCCUGAUGAGGAUAUCUCACUGGAAGAGAUAAAAGCUCAGAUGCCCAGAUACCAGCGCAGUGUUCCCCACCAAGGCCAGGCCACUGCUGCUGCCCCGUCAGCAGGUCCCAUGGGUGGCAUGAUGGCCUCUCAGCAGCCCGGCAUGAGGCAUCCCAUACCAAGCCAGUAUGGUGGUCCACCACAGGGGAUGCCAGGGUACAUACCAGGAGGAAUGCCUCCAUAUGGACAGGCCCCUCCUGUGGUUCCCCCAGGGUACCAGGGAGCCCCUAUAAGGCCGCCCAUGGGAAUGAGACCCCCUGUCAUGUCUCAUGGAGGCCGCUACUGAAGCCUGCCCUCCUCUCUUCUAUAGGUUUGGACACUCAACCCUUUUCUAAUGUCCUCAACUGCUAGUAGACAAACCAGUAUUGGUAUUUUUGAACCACGACGUACUGUGUAUUCUACUACUGAGCUAUGAAGAAGAGACACUGAAUAAACAGAAAUCAAAAGAGCUUAAAAGCAUCACUGAGCGCAUGGGAAAACAUUUACACUGUAUCUAACCAAGACUAUUAACUGUUGUUUUAAACCGUCUCUGAGGCUUUUUUUCUUCUCAUGUUUCAUUUAGGUGUAUAGAAGUGUAAUAGAUAUGGUUCGUAGUGUUGUGAAGGCGCUGGAGUUACAUGGGCAGUACCCAUCAUUUAUCAAGGCAAGUUUAAUGUACAGACAUUUCUGUUCUAAGCUAAACAAUGAGGCCUUCACAGCACAUUGUGCUGUUGGACUUUACGUCCCCAACUUUGUUUGGUGAGGGCUUCAAUUUACUGUCAUGCAUUCAUUCUGUUUUGUGCUAAUAAUUUAAUGAAUAACUACCACCUUAACUUUAAAUAGAUAAAAUAGUAUAUGUAUCGUUGAAAUACUGUACUGUAAUAAAAUGUGGUAAAAAUGUAAGACUCUUCAUUGCGGGACGUUAGUGAGAAAAGAGACGUCACAGCAGGUUUGUACUUCAACUACACAGUAACUGUUUUUGUUGUCCUGCAGAUGAACAAUGAAAACUAAUAGAAAUGCUUCAUUGAGUUGCCCUGAAAAUGCUGUUAAAUGUUAUCCUGUGACAAUGAGCAGUGCAUUGAAGUUAUUUAAUUAUGCUCUGUACACGGCACUGGCAGACCGGCCUUUGAAACCCAGAGUGCAUUGUACAGCUGCAUAACUUCCGGGUCGCCAUUGGCUCUAGUGCUAAAACCCAGAUUUCUCUUCUCCCUGUAGCAAUGCCAUGGGGGACUGGCUGAGGCCCUGUCUCAGUGUAGCCCUGUUUCAGCCUGAGGCAAGUCUCACCAUUUUCUGUCUUCUUACUCAUUACCAGGGGCCCUCACAGCUUUCAUGCUGUUGGAUCUCUAUGUCCCCAAACUUGCAGCAAGUUUGGUGAAGGCCCUUGUUUGUGUUGUUGCGUUCAGGUACCAUUUCCUCCAGGCAUGUUUGCUCAUGUGGAUUAUAGUUUUUUUGUGCCAUUGAACCUGUAUCUUCAUUAUUUACCGGUGAGAAGCUCUGUUUGUAUUUAGAAGCUAUUUACUGAAUGUGUAGAGCUUUUUAAUGAAACCACUUCUUUUGAUAUUAACUAGUCCUACAGUCCACUGCAUUUUACAGUCUGAGAUACUGAUGUCAAACAAUUUGUGAGGUUGUCGAACACAGAAAUAAUCUGUCACCUGCAGCCAUAUGUUCAUUAAUGUGUUUUGGGGGAGUUUGUAAAAUGGCUUUACCACUUAAUCCUGUUUGUUUCAUCAGCUUUCCCUACUUGAUCAUUUGAGUUAACUUCUUGCAUGAAGGCGAAUCCCUGCCAGUAACAGGUUAGUUAAAGCUGUAAGUACCACUGCCAUUCAUUUAAUUACGUCAACCUGUGUUUUGUCUGCGUACAUAAUAUGACAUCUAAAUGCUUCCUCGGUUCUUUUUGAAAAACAAGCCCACAAUAAUCAGUUAGCAGUUUACACGACUGGCAGCCAAUUUUUCACUAUGAUGUCAAGGAAUGUCUAACAAAUCCUAUUUUUUGCUGCAAAUAACUUCAAUUCAAACCAAUAAUUUGAUUUAUUUUACAUAAGUUGCACAGGAAGUCUUCAUCGGUAAGUAUGGGCUCAUAAAGAUUCCCAUAUCGCAAGGAAAAAAGAUCAGAUUUUACCUGCUCAAGAAUUUUUCUCCUUUUUUCUACAAUUCAUCUAUAAACACGAUAGCAGACUGUCUGGGAAGCUCUGGAAGAGUUAAUUUAAAAACUGAAACUUAAUCAUGACUAUUUGUUGUAGGAUCUGUGCUGUGAAGCGAUCUGCAAAGUUGUAUUUCUCGAUUUAUGUGCCGAUGUCUGUUUACUCAUUUUCUUUGAAUAAACCAGCUCCUUAACUCUGAA